AUGGGGAGAUCUUGUUUGCCGAGAUGGCGUUUAGGAAAGUUAAUGGCAGGAUUACAACUGAUCCUAGGGUUAGUAGUGAUCACUGUGAGCCUCUCAUGUCUCUAUAGAUUCCAUUCCGCUGGUUACUUCUUGCACAACGAAGACAUUUGCCGUACCAUCUACACAAUCAAAGAAGUCAAGAACGAAGGAUUUGACCUAAAGGCCCUACACGAUCGCGUUGAUGAUGUCCUUGAAAAGAUGGAUAACUUGUACGACAAGCUAGAGAAUACAGUAAAAGAAAUGGAGAAGAGCAAAGACGGAAGCAAGAAAGAGAUCAAGAAGUUUCUUGAAGACGAAGUAAUGAAGCCAUUUUAUCAUGUUCACAUCGGUUUAAGGCAAAUACGUUUACCAAACCCUGAAGGAAUCAGAAACUCAACGGAGAAGGAAGAGCCCUUGAUCAACAAGUUUCUCGUUGAGGAGAUAAGGAAGUAUAUAACCCCCAAGGAGAAUCGUGUUGGGAAGGUGAACAUGUUUGGAACAGAGAUGGUUUACAACACAAUAGGUCAUGCAUGUGUGUUGAUGAAGAUGGAGUUAGAGAAGUACAUGGAUUAUGACGUUGGAGCUUAUUGUGAUGAUGAUUGGAACUUAGCACAGAAGCUUAUGGUUAACGGGUGUGAUCCGUUGCCUAGAAGACGGUGCUUAACAAGAGCUUCCAUGACUUACCAGAAGCCUUAUCCAAUCAAUGAGUCGUUAUGGAAGCUCCCAGAUGAUAGAAACGUAAGGUGGGGAAACUACCAGUGCAGGAACUUCGCGUGUUUGUCAAGUAAAAACCCUAAAAGGGGUUACACAAAAUGCACUGGAUGUUUUGAGAUGGAGAAAGAGAAUACUAAAUGGGUCAAGAACAGUACUCUGUUAGCUGAUUUCAAGAUUGAUGAGGUUUUGAGAGUGAAGCCUGGUGAGAUUAGGAUUGGUUUGGAUGUUGGUGUUGGGACAGGAACAUUUGCAGCAAGAAUGAGAGAGAAGAAUGUGACUAUUGUCACUACUGCUCUGAAUCUAGGAGCUCCUUUUAAUGAGAUGAUUGCGUUGAGAGGUUUGAUCCCUUUGUACAUCUCUUUGAACCAGAGGCUACCGUUUUUCGACAAUACAAUGGAUAUGAUUCAUACUGCUGGAUUAAUGGAUGGUUGGAUUGAUCUUCUUCUGAUGGAUUUUAUCUUAUAUGAUUGGGAUAGAGUGCUGAGACCGGGUGGGUUGCUGUGGAUUGAUAGAUUCUUCUGUAAGAAGAAGGAUCUUGAUGACUAUAUGUACAUGUUCCUGCAGUUUAGGUACAAGAAACACAAGUGGGCUAUUUCACCUAAGUCUAAGGAUGAAGUUUAUCUCUCUGCAUUGCUUGAGAAACCUCCUCGUGCAAUCUAA